AGCCAGCCAGCGCAACACCACCACCACAGUCUACAGGACACACCUCCCACCGCCUCCGCCACCUCCACCGCCUCCGCCCUCUCCAACGCCGCUGCCGCAGCAGCCAGCCAGCUAGCACAAUGUCACAAAACAUCGGACGGACCUCACUCGCCUACUCGCGCUCCUGGCACCUAAUCGACAUGGCGGGGGACUCACGGUCGCUGGGACGAGUAGCGACGAGUAUCGCGAUCACGCUGAUGGGCAAGCACAAGCCGAUCUACGACCCGUCGACGGACUGCGGAGACUACGUUGUCGCCGUGGGCUGCCACGACCUGCACACCACCGGGAAAAAGCGCGAGAAGAAGAAGUACUACAGCCAUUCCAUGCGUCCCGGUCGCCUCCAGGAAAUCACAAUGGAUCGCAUGAUGGCGAAGUAUGGUGGUGCCGAGGUCCUGAGGAGGGCCGUGUCCGGCAUGCUGCCGAAGAAUCGUCUGAGGGAUGUGAGGCUCGCGAGGUUAAAAGCGUUCGAGGGCCCCGGUCACCCGUACAAGGAAAACAUCGUCAAGCUGAACGAUGCGACGGUUCGUGCGGUUGCGGAGGCGUCAUCGAAGGCGUCGGAAACGCCGGUCAUGGAUGCGGUCAAGGCGGAGCGGGCGGGUAAGGAUCAGGCGUGGCUGUAGGUGUGCGGCGGCAGCGGCAGCGCGCGAGGGAAAGGUGUACAAAGCCAGAUGUAUAUUACAGGUAGAAUGGGGCACAAAAGCUAGAUAUUUUUUUUUGCUUUGCUGCAAGAGGAGAGGAGAGCGCCUGAUGAGAUUCGCAUGAGCUGUCCACAGAG